AUGGCAGAUAACGAAGGCAAACCUCGCAGCGUCGCUGAAGUCAUCAAAUCAUCCGUCAAGGUACCUAUUACUGGAUUUGUAAUUUUCUUUUCCAUCUUUGCAACCAUUGGUGGUUUCCUCUUUGGCUAUGAUAUCGGUAUCAUCGGUGGUGUCACAAAUAUGCGACCAUUCAGAAUUAGCAUGGGCUUACCUCCCAACAGUACUGAAGGAGAAGGUGAAGAUCUUGCCAGUGCAAUUGGAAUUAUUGUCUCAUCUUUCUCUCUUGGCUGUAUGGUUGGUGCAUUAAGUGCCGGAUGGUUGUCCGAUGUGUUUGGAAGAAAAAUGACUGUUCUUGUGGGAUCUACCAUCUUUACCGUCGGCGGUGUCUUCCAAGGUGCCGCAAUCUAUUUGUGGAUGAUGAUCGUCGGCCGUGUUGCAGCUGGUCUAGGUGUCGGUAUCAUGAGUAUGGUUGUGCCAUUAUUUAACGCUGAAAUUUCACCGAAAGAACUUCGUGGUCGUUUAGUAUCUUUACAACAACUCAGUAUCACCUUUGGAAUUAUGAUCAGCUUCUUGGUUAAUUUAGCUGUAGAAGGUGUCGAGAUUGGAUGGCGUAUCUCUCUUGGUUUGCAAUCUGUUUUCUCAAUCAUUCUUGUUAUUGGUAUGCUCAUGUUGCCUGAAAGCCCUAGAUGGCUAGUAAAGAAUGGUGAAACUGGCAAAGCGCUAAGUGUAUUGCAGCGUUUGCGAGCUGGUGCUCAUGGCCAAAAUGCCAAUGUCGCACAGGAGGAACUUGACGAAAUUGUCGAUAGCAUCGAGGCCGAAAGAGCUAUUGGUGAAGGUACUUGGAAUGAAGUAUUCUGCGCUCCAGAUUCAGCUAAGAGGGUUGUCAUCGGUUGCGGUUGUCAAUUCUUUCAACAAUUUAGCGGUAUUAAUGUUGUAAUGUACUAUUCACCAAUCAUUUUCGAUCAUGUUGGUGUACCUCCUCUUAUUUCGACCGCAGUCGUUGGUGUUAUUAACUUUUUGAGCACAUUUAUUGCUCUUUAUAUCAUCGACAAGGUUGGUCGAAAAUUCUUAAUGUUAGUUGGUGCUAUUGGCAUGGUUAUUUCCCUAUUCUUUGCUGGUGCUUUAAUUUACGCCGUCGAUGUUAGUCAAAAUGUUGGUGUUGGUAUCGUUAUUGUCGUCUUGGUCUGCUUAUAUGUUAACAGCUUUGCCUAUUCCUGGGGACCUUGUGCAUGGGUUAUUACUAGUGAAAUCUUCCCACUUCGUCUACGUGGCAAAGCUGUCAGUAUUACAACUCUUACCAACUGGAUCGGAGUUUUUGUCGUUGCACAAAUUACGCCAUUGCUUUUGCAGCCGAAUGUUCUUAACGUUCAAGGAAUGUUUAUCUUGAUGGGAGUAUUCUGUACUGCUGCCUUCUUCUUCACAUGGUUGCUUGUUCCAGAAACUAAGGGUGUUUCUUUGGAAGCCAUGGGCCAACUGUUUAAACGUUCAAGUUGGUUCGAAAUCACUAGACCAAUGGCGUAAUGCGUGAAGAAUUUGCAGCAUAUCUUUGCUGUCGUACACCACAAAGACCUGUCUCAAUCCACAAACCAGCUCGUCCUGAGCAAGCUACCGCAGCAGUAUAAAAUCCACCACUGACUCUUGAAACAUAUUAUAAUUAUUAAUGGAUAUUAUAGUCAUCAUGCAUCAAUACUCGAUGUAUUGAAGCUUUUUAUAUAGGUCAACACUUGUAAUAGAAAAUCUACGACAGCAAAAUACUGCAUUUCUAUCUUUGAAAUAAUCUACCAUGACUAUCGGAGCAUGUUGUUAAGGAGUGUUAAAAAGUACGACAGGGAAAUCCAGUUACUUUAUCCAAGUCUUAAGCUGUUAAAUAUCAUUAGCUAGAUAGCAAUACUAAUCAAAUGAUAAGUUACUUUUGUCGUUGCUAUUGUAAUCUUCAUUUAGUUUUUAAAUGUUAGCAUCAAACUAUUGUAAUUGUUUUGAAAUGAAUUGACAAAGUAGGUAAAAGGAUAAAUUGUUGAACUUUGGUAGUUAUUUCAUUAUUUGCUGCUAUACCAUUUAGUUAUACGUUCAAUGAUAGCACUGACUCUUUGUCGUCGAUUAUAGCUUUAACGUAACGUCAGUUGUUUUUUUUGUUUUUUAUAAUUUUAAUGACUAAGUUUAGGCGAUAAUUUGUUUUAAUUGAUGUUUAAGUUAUCAACAUUAUUUGUGUUUUGCCAUCUUAUUUGUGUAUUUUUAUUGAACGUUUUAACUGCUCUAAAUACCACGUUUAGCCAUGAUGGCUCCAGCCAGCUUACUAGUUUAACAAUACAGUCAUCUACAUUAAGAUAUUUGUCUUGUCGGUGGAGGUAUAUUAAUUACUUAUUUGUAAGAGCUGCAGGAUUUGCUUUUAUUAAGUGAUCUACUUUGAAGGGUACUAUAAAAUGAUGCGUCGAUC